GGGAGAGUUUGGCGAGCGGAUGCGAAGUGGGAAUUGUGAAUCGACGGCGCCGUGGUGGGGGUGGAGGAAGCGAUGAGGGUGGUGGCACUAAUCAGCGGCGGCAAGGACAGCUGCUACAACUUGAUGCAAUGCGUGGCCAAGGGUCACCAGGUUGUGGCGCUCGCAAACCUGCAGCCCGUCGGGAAAGACGAGCUGGACAGCUACAUGUACCAGACAGUGGGACACCAGGCCGUGGGCCUGUACGCCGAGGCGAUGGCGCUACCGCUGUACCGACGCUCCAUCCAGGGCGAGACGCUGGAGAAGGGCCGAGACUACACGGAGCACGCCGGCGAUGAGGUGGAGGACCUCUACCACCUGCUCAAGGAGGUCAAGGAGAAGGAGGCGGUGGAGGGUGUGUCUGUCGGAGCCAUCCUCUCCGAUUACCAGCGUCUGCGCGUCGAGAACGUCUGCGAGCGGCUCGGCCUGACGCCGCUGGCGCUGCUGUGGCAUAGGGAGCAGGAGGAGCUUCUGCAGGAGAUGGUGACCGCUGGCGUGGAGGCCAUCCUCAUCAAAGUGGCCGCACUGGGUCUGGACCCACGCAAGCAUCUCGGGAAGAGCUUGCUUGAGAUGUCGCCACUUCUGGUAUCGCUCUCGCAAAAGUUUGGGGUCCACGUGUGCGGGGAAGGCGGCGAGUAUGAGACGUUCACCCUCGACUGCCCCAUCUUUCACAAGCGAAUCGUCAUAGACGAGAGCGAAAUGGUCAUCACAUCGGACGACGACAUCGCUCCUGUGGGAUACCUGCGUUUCCUUCGCAUGCAUCUUGAAGACAAGUCCUGACCGCCACUCGUAACAAGAGUUUACUUGAGCACUCGCAAAGCGGUAUCGUGGGAGGAACACGUGCUCAACUGCUGAGGGAGGAACUUGUGGAAGUGUGGUUUUGCAGCUUUGGAGAAAUUACUUCUCCUUUUCCUUUGCACGUAACAAUUCAUCGAUUUAAAAUAGACUCUUACGCAGCAAUAUACGUGCAUAACAUUGUUUGUGUGAGAAUUGAUCACAGUACAAUGUAUGCAAAGCAUAUGCAAAUGUUACAUUUAGGAUAAUGGAGCGAGUGAGACUACAAAUGAGACAGAAAGAGAAUUAUGCAAAGGUGACUCAGGGAGGAGGACGCCCCUGCCAUGCAUAGUCCCAUGGGAUGUUGGCUACCAACAACAAGGCAACUCCUAUGACUAAUUGGGAAUGGGACGCAAGCGUAGGAUUGAUCACCCUGUCGCUGGCCGCCUUUGGGGAGGGUGUAUAGUAUGAAAGGCCGAAACACCCUAGGAACCAAAGGGUCACUACUGACGAUGCGCUCCCCAAAUUUCACCAGGCUCACUGUUCAUGAACUCUUGGAAGUGCUUGCACAAAGGAUAGUAACAUCUCAUCCUGUGUUCUUUGGAAUCUUAUGCAAAGGUGACGGUCACAAUUUCUAAAGGUUAUUUAACUGAAUUGUGACCUCGAUUUGUGAUAUUCAAUCGCAGGUGAAAGGUCCAAACUGUUUCGUCUGUAUUUUGCACACAAGCAUUAGUUAUGGGUGCAAUACUGCUUGUAAUUAUUGACCAUGAUGCAAAGUCAUGGCUAUGCCUGGUUUUCCUCUGCGGCGAGCAAUUAUCUGGUACAGUCUUGCACAAAUCCCAAUUCCUUGUGGUUAGCAAAACCAAAAUCUUGGGUUAUCUUUAAAAUGUUUGGUAGCUAUGAAGCAAAUUUCCUCCCAAGUGUGCUGCUUGUGGUGUAGAGGAUGAAUACUGAUGUGCACUAUGUUUCCUUAACAUGUGAUGAAUAUGUUGCUUAAUUUCUAGGCAUGUUUUGCUGAACUGUUUUAACAGGCCGAUCAGUCACCAAACCCUUGUCCGUUAAGCUGUGGAGGAUAUUGUUAAUUCACAGCUCUCUGUCAAUCCAGUGCCUUGCCAUACUGGUUCAGUUAUGGUCAGUGCACGUUGGUGAGGGGGUUGGAUCCCAGGACCGGUUUAGAUAUCACUUGCCACUGACAUUCGUCGUUAGCCAGGAAGCAAACUCGGGUUGCCAGUUUCAUAGCGCAGUGUGCUAACCACUGUGCCACCGCUCCCCCCCCCCCUCCUGGAGGAUUAUGAGCAAUAAACAAUUUUAACUUAUCGAACUAAAAUAUUGUUUUAAACCUGUGGGUCUUUUUGUUAACAAUUCGCAUGUGUUUAAGCAGAAAACUGGGCUAGUUUUGCCUUUUCCAAUUCUCAUCCGCAGUAUCAUACCUGUUUGCAUUGAAGUUACCUUGUGAAGGUUCAACAAAUGUAGCCAACGAAUUGUUAUUUUAAAUACUUGAAAAUAGUGUAGACAUUCCAUUCUGUGCGAGCGUUUAUCAGAUAGUUGCAUAUGAAACAUACAUUUUUAAAUAAAAUAUGUUAAUGACCUGGCGUGAUGUUGAUUACGGGCUUGUGAUGACAGCUUGUGGCUGUAGGAUUUUAAUUACGGGGCCUCGUGGGCAGCAGAUGGCAGUGCAUUUAAAAUUAAUGUCUCCUCUAGAUUCGUCUCUACACAAAAUAUUAAAGUUAUUUUUAUCAAAACCCAUCGGCCAAACAGUGUUCCCGAAGCGCAUGACCAUUUAAUCAAUAUUGAUUCAAUUCGUGACAAAAAAACUAGG